AUGCUGUGCGGAGGGCAGCAGGCGACACCCAGACGGGUGGUCGCAUGGAGGUUGAUGGAGAUCAUGGCCCUAGUUCUCCAGAUCAACCUCAAUAGGAGCUGGGCGGCGCAGAACCUGGCUGUCCAGGUGAUGCGUGAAAGGGAGGUGUCGGUAAUGGCGGUGUCGGAGCCCUCGUAUGUCCCUGACUCACCUUGUUGGGCUGGGGACUUGGACGGUUCGGCUGCCAUUGCCUGGCACUUGCACGCGGGGCGGUGGUCUGUCCGCCAGGUGGUGGACAGGGGCCACGGGUUCGUGGCGGUGAGGUGGGGGGAGGUAGCAGUGUACAGCUGCUACUUCUCCCCCAACGCCCCGGUGAANGAGUACGAGGCGUCCCUCGAGGCCCUCGGGGAUAGUGUCCGUCGUGAGGGGGGUCGCUCCGUGUUGGUCCUUGGCGACUUUAACGCCAAAUCGGCCACAUGGGGCUUCUCCCGCACUGACCGAAGGGGCCGGAUGCUGGACAGGUGGGCGGUACAGCAUGGGCUGGUAACCCUGAACAGGGGCCGGGACGCGACCUGCGUUCGUACUCGGGGCAGUUCCGUGGUCGACGUGUCUUGGGCGUCCGUGGCGGUGGCCCGACAGGUGUCGGAGUGGAUGGUUCUCGGCGAGGAGUCCCUGUCGGACCAUCGCUAG